UCUCUCUCUCUCCUCUUAUGAUAUAUCAUCUCUCUCUCACUCCCUCUUUCACUUCAAGAACUCACCCCAAGAAGAAACUAAGAUUAUAUAAUCUCUCUCGAUCUCGAUCGUUAUCUCUCUGUUCUUCGUCAGAUCUUUCUUCUCGAUUUCUCUCUCACCCGUGUUUCGUAUACGUUGUCCAUGGCCAUCUUUCUCUUUUAAAAUUUCGAUCUGUUGUUAAUUUUUCAUCUUCUGCUGGAAAUUAUCAUCACCAAGAUACUCUAUAAGUUCGUAUUCGAUAUCGAAGAAAGACAGAAUGGAAUCAAUGGAGUCUUGUAGCGUUCCUCCCGGAUUCAGGUUCCAUCCGACCGACGAAGAGCUCGUGGGAUACUAUCUGAGGAAGAAGGUUGCAUCACAAAAGAUCGAUCUCGAUGUUAUCAGAGACAUCGAUCUCUACAGAAUCGAGCCAUGGGACCUACAAGAGAGAUGCAGGAUCGGGUACGAGGAGCAGAACGAGUGGUACUUCUUCAGCCACAAGGACAAGAAAUACCCGACGGGGACGAGGACUAACAGAGCUACAAUGGCCGGAUUCUGGAAAGCGACCGGCCGAGACAAGGCUGUCUACGACAAAACUAAACUCAUCGGGAUGAGGAAAACCCUCGUGUUCUACAAAGGACGAGCCCCGAACGGCCAGAAAACCGAUUGGAUCAUGCAUGAGUAUCGGCUCGAGUCGGACGAGAACGCACCUCCUCAGGAAGAAGGGUGGGUGGUUUGCAGGGCUUUCAAGAAAAAGGCAAAUGGGCAAGCCAAGAACAUGGGAAAUUGGGGGACAAACUGUUUCUACGACAGUGGAGUGGUGAGUUCGGUCAUGGCUCCGAUCCAUUACAUAUCUAAUAAGCAUCAGCAAAAUAUCUUGGACCGGAGUAGUUUCUUGAUGUGCAAGCAAGAGCUAGAAGGGUUGGAAAGUGUGAACUUCAUGAUCAAUUCCGACCCGUUCAUCGAGCUCCCUCAGCUCCAGAGCCCUUCCCUCCCUCCGACGAAACGGCCUUCGAGCUCGAUAUCCAUAACUUCUGAUCAUAACAAUAACCACAGAAGCCAAGAAGAAGUGGAUGAUGAGAGCUUCAACGUUCUAAUGAACGGAAACAAGAAGCAGAAGAAGCACGUGGCGACUUCUGAUUGGAGAACAUUUGACAGGUUCGUCGCGUCUCAGCUCAUGAGCCAGGAAUUGGACGGAAACCACAGCAACGGUCACGGUGAUUAUAACACUGAGAUGGCCGAGACAAUGGCUUCGUCGUCUUUGUUGAUGGAAAGCGACAGAGACGAAGAGAACAGAUUCAUCAGUGGGUUAUUACGUUCGAGCUCCGACUGCGAUAUUGGGAUUUGCGUGUUUGAUAAAUGAACAACAAAAUAAAUACUUACAGAGUGCGGGCCGGGGAGGGAGAUGAAGUGACGGAGUUGAUAUGUUUGGUACGUCGCUACGUAGAAAAUACAUUAUAUAAUAUUGAUACUAUAUAACUACAUAUAUUAUUCACAUACAUACA